AUGUGCGAUGCUCUCGCGGUUGUCGAAGACGCCGACCCGCGCGGAAGGCGAAUCCGAUGUGUUUCCGGGGUCAAGCGGUCCAUCGAGUAUGUGUCAAUCCAGCUCCUGAGCAGCACUGGCGAGCUGGUAGAUGACGAGAGGCCCGCGACACCAGACCCCUACCUGCCUGACGUCAGCAAGCGGCAGUGGGAGGCCAAAGUUGUGGCCUGGCGCAGGGAGAUGUCACAACUGCUUGACGCAGUGCCAAUUGGUGCGACGGAGUUGGCAGCGGCCGAAGAGCUCGGCGUCUGGGUAGAGCCCUCGCCGCCCGCCGUGCGCGGCUGUCGAGCUCUCCUGCAAGAUGGAAACUGCAUACUGCUUGCAUACAGCAUCCUGACGCAAGACUUCUGCGGAUCGACCGACUAUUGUGCGCGAUUUCCCGUUCGUCGAGGCGCGGAGCGCCGCUACGCCGACGUCGCCGACCACUUCGGCUUCUCUCUGGCCGUCGCGCGCCAGCAGGCUUCGCGGCAGGGUGCAUGCCCACUCGUGCCCGGGAAGUAUUUCUGUCAUAUGCGGAGGCAUUGCUGCGCUGCGGCAGUCCUUUCAGGGGCAGAUUCGGUUGUCGUGUGGAGAGGUUUCAGCAGGCACGUUCUGCCGACGGCACAGCGGGUGCGCCGCGUCGAGGAAGUCGAGGGCGCGCUGUUGCACAUAACUUACAGCGGCCCAUUCCGCGCGCUCGAGCAUGGGAACCAAUGGCUGUCACAUCUCGGCUUCGCCCUGAUCCGGCAGCCGCGGGGUCCGACUGGUCCAGGGCGUUACGUCAAGUGGGAGCCGCCGCGGCGCGAAGCUGGAUUGGCCGCGAGCGUGGGCCACUUCGCGGCCGUCAUCCUGCGGCCCGGCAGCGCCACUGUGAUAGACCGCCGAGCAGGUCUGCCAGCGGUUCGCGAGUGGUUGGCGUGGGGCGACAUUCCGGACGUCGAGGAGCACAAGUGGUUCUUGUUGGUGGAGCUCGGCGCGCGGAGGCCGGGGCCCGAGGGCGGCCGCCCUCUUCCAUGGGGCGCGACUUCUGGAAUUAUCGAAGCUCAUAGGCUGGACGCACUCAUCCGUCGGCGCGCGGCUCGCGAACGAGCGACCCCCUAUGGGCUGGCGUCAUCGUCGGGCUCGCUCGCGCCGCUGGAGGCUGCCCGGGUAUCAGCGAACCGAGAGGAGGCAAUGCGGCGCAGAGCUUCGCGUCUGUUCUGCCCGUUGCCGCCGGUGGGGUGGCCCGGCACUCAGGUGCCCCAAGUCCCGUGCGAUUUCUCCCUCGAGCUGCCGCGUCUUCCGAAGAUCCGCUUGCUCGAGCGACUCAACGCUCACCCUCGGGACUCCCAGUUGCACUUCGUCGAAGAGUCGCACGCCUAUUACAUUAGCGGCGCGCGAACGCAUGGGUCGGUCACGGGAUUGAUACAUGAGUACUGCAGUGUUUUCGACGCUGGCGCUGUGAUUGGGAAGAUGCGGAGCGGGCGGAACUGGCCGCGACCUGAUUAUUUGCGCCACCCUCGCCCGGAAGACGUGGUCGCGGAGCUGCGGGCCACGGCGGAGGCUGCUCGCUUGCACGAGUUACUUGUUUCGCACGGGGCUUGCGACGCCGAGAUCUGCGCCGAGAUGAAGGCAACUGCGAGAGCGGCCCCCCACUUGGCAAACCAUCUGGAAAGUCUAUCUCUCUCGGAUCACGAGAUCGUGGAGAAAUGGCGCCUGAACAAAGAAGAGGCGGCUAGGCGGGGCACCUGGAUGCACUGGACGUUCGAGGCCCACCUCAACCGCGUUCCGGUGCCCCGCGAUGCCGUCGAGUUCCAGUUGUUCUUGAAAUUCUUGGGCGCGCUGAAAGGUCUGGUGGCUUUCCGCGCCGAGUGGGCCAUCUUCGCCGAGCACGAGGGGCUCGCUGGGUCAAUCGACUUCGUGGCUCGAGACUCUGCGGGCAGCCUGUACAUAUACGAUUGGAAGCGGGCGAAUAAUUUACGUUCGAAGUUCACGAACCCAUGGGGGAAUAUGAAGUUUCCAUUAAGCCGAUUGUCAGACUGCCAGGGAAAUCAUUACCGGGUGCAGCUUAACAUCUACAGGUGGAUGUUGGAACAUUACUACGGCGCCCGCGUGGCCGCGAUGUAUGUGGUCUGCCUUCAUCCGGACACCGGCGACCAGCCAUUUGUGGACGACGUGCCGGUGAUCCCAGAGAUCGAGGAGCUCAUGGCCAUUCAACGCACGAGGUCCCGAGAGUUGCGGGCAAUGGCGUCGGAAUACACCCGGGAGAUAGACCCUCUGGGCGGCUGGCCGCGGCCAGUCGUGGCGGCGCGCAUGCCUUAUUGCCUGAGCACCGCGGCCAAUUUCGAUCGCGCCUUUCGCCAGAUGUCAGUGGACGAGCAGGACGGUGCCAGGCUCGCGCCGGCGCCGGCUCGGAGACGAAUCAGAAGCAAGAGCACGGCGGACGACGUCGGCGAGGGCUGGGUUUGCCUCGCGGCCGAGCAGCGCCAGCCCCACGAGCUCGCGGACGUGGGCUCGGCGGAUGCACCUGAAUCCCCGAGCGGCGACGAGGGCGAAACAGCAGUGCGCGCAGAGUUGUUCGAGCGCCUGGAAAAGGAAGUCAAGAGUUACGCUGCGGGGGUGACGCUCCUGCGCCCCAAGCGGGACAGCGAGGGCGUCAAACUGAAAUUUGCUUGCGGCCUAUGCCCGUUCCGAUCGUUCACGACGCAGGCGCUCUUGGCCUCGCACGUCUCCAAGUAUCACCUCAGAAAGACGCGCUUCGUGGCCUCGGGCACGAAGCAGUUCAAUGCCGUGUGCGCGUUGUUCGACAACGACCGGCUCCUGCGAGCUCCAACAGGGAACCUGCUGAAGCGAUCUGCGACGAUCCUGCGGGAGACAGUAUCUCCUGCUGUUCAUCGCGGACAGAACGCCAUUGACAAGGACAUCGUCCUGGUCCUCGACGACGACGGGCCGUCGUAUCAAAACAAGGCAGCAGAGUCCUUGCGCCAUCAUGGGCGCGUUCGCCCGACGAUGCUGCGGACGUGCGCUCGCGUCGUGGAGCAGGGCUCCGAGCUGAGCAGCAUGUUGCCGACGCGCGUUGAUCACUGGCUGAAGCUUAUGGAAGACGCGUUCAACAGCGCGCACGUAGAGAGGCGCAGCACUGCGUUGAUGGAAGAAUGCCACCGGCAUGAGGAAUUCCUCCACGUCUCCAUGGACGCCACUAUCCGCAUUCUGCGCAGGGUCAAGGGCCAGGCGGAUUAUCGGUCCGCACAAGCAGUGCGCGACGCUGCACCCGUGCCGGACGUGGACGCCAAGCGCCGCGUCCUGACUCUCGCGGGCAGGACGGGCGCGGCGCUCGGUGUUUUCCUGACGAAGGACGAAGGCGCUGAUGAAAUAGCUGAGGCCAUUGCAGCUCGUUGGUCGGCGGCGUGCAGAUUGCAGACGGCGUCCGUCGCCAGUGACCAGCCGAGCAGCGCGCUAUUCCGCGCCUUGCGAGGUUCAUGUUUUCCUGGACUAUCAGUCUUGAGUCUCGACCCAGUUCAUCUGCCCAUCACGUACGAGGAGACGCACUGGAGAAAAAAGACGGUGGGAUCGCGACUAUUGCGGAUUCUAAUGGCCAAGUUUACGAAGGUGGAUUGCACGCUACCCGCGCAAUACUGGGGGGCGCCGUUCGACGGGACGAACGCCCCAGCUCUGCGGCCAAUAGAAGAGCGCGCGCGAGCACAGAUACUCGAUCAUUCAUUCGCGAAGUCGCGAGCUCAACAUGUGAUCGACCACGUGAACGCCGAGCUGCCAUGGAAAACAACGCAUGAGUUCAUCGAGUCUAUCGCCGCGCUGAGCGCGUUGGUUCCAGAAGAGCUUGCUCGCCGCACCCACGUGAACAACGUUCAACUCAAGAGGUUGCUUUACAAUGCGACCGCCCCUGCUCGCAUGCAAUGGUUCUUCAAUAAUCAGCGAUUCAGGCAUUCCUUGCCGGCGGCGCGCUUGGCUCUGUUGGGGUCUGGCACGUCCGUCAACGAAUCCUUCAACCACGAGAUCAACACGUGGUUUCGCAACCAGGGGGACAUCUACGCUUCGACGGCGGAGCUUCAACUUAGGAUUGGGUUUCUGGGGAAGCUGCAAGCCCACAGUUGCGCGCUGUAUUCCCCGACGCUGCGGCAGCUGCGACAGGCCAACGUGCUAUCGCGAAGCAUUAUGGCCUGGGCUUUUCCCCGAGAUGACUGGAAGAGUUACUGCGCGCUCCAGGCGCAGUGCGGCACCGACGUCCUGGCGCCUGCACGACUUCCGCUCCGCGAAGCCCGACAAAGAGUCGCGCGGCUGAUUGCCGAGCGCGCUGCGUGCGUUCGGGGGAAGCCAGCGGCGCGCGAGGCCGCGCCUGCCGGGCGGCGCGGUGCUCAGAAGAAGCCCGCUGCAAGGGCGCUCUUGGACAGUCUGCGCGAUCGUAGAGAGCCUAGGAUCAAGAGAACAGCUUUCACUUUGAAGCGCAAGCCUGCGUCGCGCGGGGCCCCUGGCCAGGCUCCCGCCGCGCGCACUUGCCAGCGGUGA